UUUACUCUCUCUCUCUCUCUCUCCCCCCAAUGGGGAAGAACAAAGAACAAGAACUCGAGGCUGUACCAAUGCAGAAGCCCCUGAUGCCGCGAAAGAGCAGUUAUGUGUUAAACGCACUUUUCUUUGUGAUUGGUUUCUCAGUUGGUCUCAUUCUCUGUCUGCAGCUAAAAGCCUUCCAUCCAUCACAACCCUUACCGCCAUCGUCGUUUCCGCCCGACAACGACGAGACAAAAGCGAUAUCGUCAGAGGAUGAAGAGUUCAGUCACUUGACCGUUAUUCACAACAUGACUGAUCAAGAACUGUCCAAGAAGGCCUCGUCGCUACUGCCCGAACCCGUCACGGUGAUGAUGAAGAGGCCGAAGGUGGCGUUCAUGUUCCUGACAGGUGGCGGCCUCCCAUUGGCUCCCUUGUGGGAGAAGUUCUUGCAAGGUCACCAAGGGUUUUACUCCAUAUAUGUUCAUUCCCAUCCUUCCUUCAAUGACUCUUACCCUCCAACUUCUGUCUUCUAUGGAAGAAGAAUCCCAAGCCAGCCAGUGUAUUGGGGAACUUCAUCAAUGGUGGAUGCCGAGAGAAGACUCCUUGCUAAUGCUCUUCUAGACAAAACGAACCAAAGAUUCGUUCUCCUGUCCGAUUCCUGCAUCCCACUCUUCAACUUCACCACAGUCUACAACUACCUCAUGGACACUGACCUUAGCUUCAUCGGCUCCUUCGACGAUCCACGAAAAUCGGGUCGAGGUCGAUAUAACCACCAAAUGUCCCCGCAGAUUAACAUUUCCGACUGGCGAAAAGGGUCUCAAUGGUUCGAGACGACACGCGAACUCGCCCUCCAUAUCAUCACGGACACGACCUAUUACCCCAUCUUUGCGAACCACUGCCAUCCGCCGUGUUAUAUGGACGAGCAUUAUAUCCCGACAUUGGUUCACAUGUUGUAUGGGGAGAUGAGCUCCAACCGGACCGUGACAUGGGUCGAUUGGUCAAGAACCGGUCCACAUCCGGGCCGGUUCACGUGGGGCGAUGUGACUGACGAGUUCCUUAACCGGAUCCGUUUCGGUGAAGAAUGUGUCUAUCAUCAUCGUCGAGAUGGUGAGAAGAUAACAACUUCUAACUGUUUUAUGUUUGCAAGGAAAUUCACGCCUCAGGCAUUAGAGCCUUUGCUUAGAGUUGGGCCUGUGGUUCUUGGCUUUGAUCCUUAAUAUCCCCAUUUUUUAUAAUAAUAAUAAAAAAAAUCUUGGUAUAUUAAUAUA